GCUACACGCCCCAGACACCCUUGCUGCAAAUUGUCUGUAUGCGAAACAGGUUUCACCAAUUGCACACAUCAGAGUAAGAUUUGCAGGUGCUGUUUUGAUGCUGCUGGCAGAUAAAGCUGUAGAGACCUUGGUUUUUCCGCAGCAGUGUUUCAAUGUCCAGUGCCUUGAUCCGUCAGUGUUGAGAAGAGUUGGGGACCGUGGAGUGUUGUCUUCGCAAAUCCGCCUUCGCGAUUGUGGUCAGUUAGGCAGUCUAGGGAGUCAUUCUCGGAUCCCCAGGCCUCUUCCAGCCUUUCUAAUGAUUGUGAAUGUCCCCAAUUCUCCGUGACAAAUCCUUUUCUUUCUGGAGUAGCUAGCUGAUUGCUGCAGCUGUAUCCUGGCUUACUGACUUGUAAUCUCUUUGUGGGCAGGAACUCUGUGAUAUAUAAUGAUAUAAACGACCUUGCCUUUUAGUGGAGGGAAACAGAUGACAGACAGAUAAUUAAGUAAAAGUUUUAAUAAGAUGGUGAUACGUGCUACAGAUAAAAACAAAGUUGGAAAAGGGAGGGGGAGUGCCGGAGAUGAAUGUUGCAAUUUUAAAUAGAGUGAUCAUGGAAGGCUUCGCUGAUAAGGUGACUUUUGACACCUAUUUUUUAUGUCAGUUGUGUGCAAGACUGUGGUGGAGUUCCUGCGUUAAAGUACUUUUUUCCUUAGAUAACCCCCUAAGUGAUGCUACUAUUUUCCAUCUUCAGGCCGCUAUAUUGUUUACCCACAGCAAACAUGGCGGAAAAGGCUUCAGUCCGACACUUAGCCUCCCCAUAAAGAUGGCUACAGCACUUCCUGUGUUUGCCCUCAACAAAGAUGGCGACAACACUUCCUGGUCAGGGCUUUCGCCUUCAACAAAGAUGGUGCUUAUGGGAGAAAUGGAGGCUAGAGACAAGCAAGUGCUUCGCUCCCUUCGCCUGGAGCUGGGUGCGGAGGUACUGGUGGAGGGACUGGUUCUUCAGUAUCUUUACCAGGAAGGGGUCUUGACAGAAAACCAUGUUCAAGAAAUCAAAGCUCAAGCCACAGGCCUCCGGAAAACAAUGCUGCUGCUGGAUAUCCUGCCUUCCAGAGGUCCUAAAGCAUUUGAUGCAUUCCUAGAUUCCCUGCAGGAAUUUCCCUGGGUUAGGGAGAAGCUGGAGAAAGCAAGGGAAGAAGCCAUAACGGAGCUGCCUGCAGAUGAUGGGAUGACUGGCAUCCCGCCGCACAUCCUCAACAGUUCCCCAUCGGACCAGCAGAUCAACCAGCUGGCCCAGAGGCUGGGCCCCGAGUGGGAGCCCGUGGUGCUGUCUCUGGGCCUGUCCCAGACGGAUAUCUACCGCUGUAAGGCCAACCACCCGCACAACGUGCAGUCACAGAUGGUGGAGGCCUUCGUCCGCUGGCGGCAGCGCUAUGGGCAGCAGGCCACCUUCCGAAGCUUGCACAGGGGCCUGCAGGCCGUGGAGGUGGACCCCUCGGUGCUCCAGCACAUGUUGGAGUGAUGGGAUCUCCCUCUAUCAACCCACGGGGGAGUGUGUACCCAAGUUGCGUGUGCGGAAUCCUGACUUUCUCCCAGGGCAGGAAAGCGUUCCUGGAUGCCUGGACAGUGCUGACCGUGUCAUUUGUGAGGCCCAGUGCAGAAUGAAAAUACAGGCCCCUUGUUUGAAAAACAGGAAAGAAAGUACAGUUAAAGCGUCUCCUGGGCCUGCUCUUUAUCAUGCACAGAAAGAACACCAUCCUCAGCAGUGGUCAAAGCACUUCUCGUAUUCUCCCACAGCAACAGCACAUCUGAACAGCCUUUCCUUAUGGCAUGGGUUCCCAUGCCAAACCCAAGACCUAAGGAGUUUGGGCCCUUGGUAUCUGCCCACUGUUUUGGUUUGGAUUGAACAAUACGGCCCUCGCUGGGAAACCCCAAAGCACUGCACCCAUGGAGUCUAAGAAAGGCAUGUGAUCCAGGUUCUAUCUCCAUCUGCACUCUGCCUCAGCCUCCCAGUGGGGACCCUCAAGGUGUGCCGGGUACUUCUUCCAGGACCUGUAAGUAAUAAACCUCUGUUUCAAUUUCUCUUGCGGCUUACCAUCUGCCACCCUGUGCUCCACUUAACAAAUGUUAAUUUAACAAAGUCAUAGCAUGCUGACAGCCCCAAACUGUGGGAUAGCCUCCAACAUAACUGGUCUAAUCUUCAAAAGAUGUCAGGGGUCAUGAAAGACCAAGGAAGGACCAAGCCGCUAUUCCAGACAGAAGGACACAAGAUACAACCCACCGUCACUUGGUUCUGGGACUGGAUUGUUUUGCCAUAAAGGACACGAUUGGAACAAUUGGCACAACUCGAAGGGGGCUGAGGAUUAGACUGUGGUGGUAAAGCAGUGUUUAUUUCCUGACUGUGAUGGAAACCCAACCGCGGUUACAUAGGACAAUGUUCUUGAUUGAAGGAAUCGCAUACUGAAGUAUUCAGGGGCGAUAUGCCAUCAGAUUGGCAAUUUUCUACCAAAUCUUUAGGAAAAAGAGAAUUCUUUGUACUGUUCUCCAGCUUUUCUACACGUGUAAGUUUGUCUCAAAAGAAAAAAAAGAAAGGAAAGGGUAUUGUGUUUGGUUAGGAGGGAGGCCAUGGUCACGGAGCCUGUUUUUCAGGUGGUUUGAAGCACAAGCCUGAGAACUUUGAGUUCAAAAAAGCUUGAACUUGAAUCACCUCUUUGAGAAUUCUUAUAAGGACACUGGUGGAAAUGGGAUGGAGGGAUAUCAGAUGAACAAGUUUGUACAUAAUCUGGCUACGCAGGUAGAAGGACUUGUGAUGAUUUCGUGUGCAAACUUUUAGUUGUGUGUGUGCGUGUGAUCAGAAACUUUUUUUUAGUGCAAAUAACAGGGUACAAAUGGUUUAUGACCUCAUGAACUUAAGAAUAUCCUUCUACAGCAUCAUUUUUAAAGGUUAACUAGUAAGUAUCCCAUUGAAUGUGAAUCUUAAUUUCGUUUACUAACCCCUGCUGGGGUUGGAUUUGACAUUUCCUGCUCCACCCUCCAUGCCUUAGAUUUUUGGCUCAUAUUGUGCCUGAAUGUGAAAGGGAAAAAAAAGGGAUGACUUGCCAGGUUCUUUCUGGGAGGACUUGUGUUAUUUCCCGCUUUCCCACGAAUAGAAUUGGGCUGCGAGGAGGAAGUUUCCAAGAGUGUUUAAGAUCACACUUCUACACAGAUGAGCUGGGCUCACAUGCAGACUCUCCCCUCACCAGCUGUGGGAGGUUAGGCACAUCGGUCUUCGUCUCUGUGCCUCAUUUUCCUCAUCUGUAAGAUGGGGGAGAAAUGAAUAGUAUCUAUCUCACAGGGUUAUUGAAGGCUUAAGCUGUAAUUAGCUGGCAUACAGUAAGCACCCAUUGGUGUUGCCCAUUGUUAAUAUUAUGAAUAAAUGUAAGCGGCAACUUUUGAGGUCUGCAGAAAGCUAGAAAGACACCAAGUUGGGCAAUCUCCUCCCUAGGAAGGGAAAUAGUCCUGUGUUGGUGGCGAGAAGUAAUUAUGAUGGAAAAAACAUUUUCCAAGGUCUGGAGCUGACGUGUACUCCUUGUGACAUUUUAAUCUCUGAGUAAUAGAUUCCAUUGCCUGCAGAGCUGUGAUUUUUCAGUUUAUUGCUUUUUCCUCUUCUCUCCUCAAACCUGGAUUCCUCCUCCUCUCGGCUCCAGCCUGUCUCCAGCAACCAUGAACUGUUUCUGGACAGUCCCCGUUUGGGAGCCAGCUUCUUCACUCAACUCGGGUGAGGAUGCCUGAAGCCCCAGCGCGGGACACUCCCUCCUUCAGCAAAGAGGAGGGGACCAACCGUGUGCUCCAACUGUCGCAUCACCUUUCAUGCUGGCGACUAGGGUGCAGGGCAGAUACGGCAGCCCUGAGACAACCUCGGCUCUGGGGUUGCACAGGAGGGGUCCAUGCGUGGGCUGUGGAGUUAGCGAGCCCAGCUCCAGUUGCGUCACUCACACACUCGCUGUGACACUUUGAGCGAGUUACUUAACUUCUCUGAGGCUUAGUUUCCAUCUCUUUAAAAGGAUUAGAUGCCAAGAAUGCCUUAAGGGUUGUUCGGAAGAUUGGAUUAAAUCACAUAUAUAAAGAUUUAUUUAUUUGUGUGUGUGUUUGAGAGAGAGAGAGAGCACACGAGCAGAGGGGAGGGGCAAGCAGACUCCCUUCUGCGCAGGGAGCCUGAUGCGGGCUCUAUCAGGGACUCCCGGAUGAUGACCUGAGCCAAAGGCAGACGCUUAACUGACUGAGCCACCUAGGUGCUCUUAAAUCACAUAUUUAAAGUAAGUAUAUGGUAUAGCAUCCAGAGCACAGAACAUGCUCACUAAAUGAAUUAGCGUUGUUGUUUUAUUUAGAGUUGAAAAACCUGAGCCUCAGGGUAGUUGUAAUUAUUAUUGGAUUUUUUGCAAGUGAGGAAACCCCUGCUACACCUGUUAGUGCUUUGCCCACUGCGCAAAGUGGCUUACCCCUCCGGUGAAGACUACCAUCCCCCUGCCUUUGAUAGUAAUAGAAAUUUUUGAUGGGGGUAAGGACUCCAUUUCCCAGCAUCCCAUGUGGCUAGAUGUGGCCACGUGACGAGUUUGGCGCGUAAAAUGUGCCUGGAAGUGAUAUGAAGCUUCCUGGUUAGAUCUUCCAGCCUCGGAUCCCUCAGAUCUUCCAGCCUCGGAUUCCUUCAUUCCUCUCCUCUGAACACUCACCAUCUUUCAGACCGAGGAUCAGGCAUUGCAGAGGGAUGUGGAGAAGGGGAGAUGGUCACUCUCAUCCAAAGUGGUAUUGGAAAGCAGAAGGUAAGGAGCAAUUGCCCUGUGAAGAGUGGACGAGGACAGGAGGAAGGUCUUCAAGCAGGACAUCCUAAAUGCGUUUUCAGUGGAAACUACAAGAGGGAGCAAGGAUCCUCACCACCGCCCCACCGCCAGCCUGGCCUACUCACACCCCCAGCACUCUGGACACCAAAAUCAUGGACUCCAGCACAAGCAGUGCCCAGACAGUUUUCUUUUCUCUCCUUGCCACGUACUUGGAACAGUACACACCGGUGCUCUAUAAAUACUUGUGAAGGGAAUGCUCAGGAACUUCCUGGAACUUUGGAAGGAGCGGCAUUAACACCGACAUCCGGUCCGUCUGUUCUUAGACAUGUACCAAGCAGCACUUCAUUUUCAAAGUGGAACUCGGCCACUGAGGCAAGCUCUGGGGUCUUCCGCCCCAGAGAGGGGGAGCAAAGAAGCAGAGAGCAGAUACCAGAACCACAUUGCCUGGUCCAAACCCUAGAUCCACUGCCUACUUGGAUAACCUCUGUGCCUCAGUUACUCAUCUGUAAAAGAAGGAUAAUUGUAAUAUCUCAUAAGAUUGUUAUGUGAGCAGAUAUAGAUGUAUAUAUUUAACACAUAUAAUAGAUAAAUAUUUGCAUGUAUAUGUAUAUACACAGACACACACAUUUUUAAACAGUUCCUGGUAUAUGCCAAGAACUACAAAAGCUUUGAGAGUUCACCCCACUUGUAAGCUUGUAAGUUACCCUACCACCUUUUCAUAAAUGUUGGCAGAUGACGCAAGACUCUGGUCAGAGGCAACGGAAGAAGAACUUUAUGACUCGCAUCAAUGGCAGCAGAGUAUCAGCAUUUGUGCCAGUUUCCUGAGCCUGAUUCUCGUGGAGCCAGACAAAGAUGCCCACACGUACAGUGGGUUGUAUUAUAGGAGUGGGGCCCUGAGCUUCGGGAGCCAAAUAUUUUAUAAUGGGCAGUAAGCAUUGCUCUUUGCUUCAGUGGGAGGCACUAUCUCUAUCUUCCAAGGCUCUUUGCUAACCAACAUCUCUGAAAAGAUAACCUGGAUCAAAGAGUCAGGACCCCUGCUUAUGGGAUGUAUGGAAAUAUAAGAGAGCCCUGAGAAUUGCCUCCCAAGAGCAUGUGGUAAGGACUACUAUUACUAUUAAUGGUAAGAAUACUAUGGAAAAUGGACCCAUACAAUAUAACUUCAUUUCUCUUGGUGACUCUGAGAUGCAUAGAAAUUAUAACAAAGCAAACCAAGACAGGGACGAAAGAAAAGUUACAAAGACCAAUGGCAAGUCAUGGCAUAUGAGUUAACAUUCAGUGACUAGACUACCAAAUGCUCUUCACAAAUGGGUUUCUGGGGGGAAAAAACUGCUGUCAGCAAUUGAUUGUGAUCUUGGGCAAAUGAGUUUGCAAUUUCAUGCUGAAUAAUCUAUCACUCCAUAUCUUGGAGACUCAGGCACUCAAUCUUUUUUGACAGGCAGCAUGUCUAUUCUAUUGCCAGGAAGGAAGGCGGUUGUCAAAUUCCUAAUUUUUCUCUGUGAAAAAUUAACAUUUAACUCAAAUAUAAGAUCUGGAGGAACACAUAAGACCUUAAUUACAUAGCACAAUCCAUGAUACGUGGUAAUUAAUAAACUGAUGAAAAAU